AUGUCUUUCAGCUUUGGAAACACUGGGGGAGAGAAGAAGACUGGAACCUUAUUUGGAAGUUCGACAGCGCCAGCUGGAGGACUUUUUGGAGGGUCGCAGCAGCAGCAGCAGCAGUCGAAUACCACAACACCCAGCCUGUUCGGUACCAACACCGCACCAACGCCCCAGACUGGCGGUCUCUUUGGCUCCACACAGCAGCAACCGCAACAGAAUGCUGGAUCUAGCUUGUUCGGUGGGCAACUUGGCCAGGCUCAGCAACAGCAGCAGCAACAACAACAACAACAGCAACAUCAGUCUUCAAGCCUGUGGGGCCAGGCUCAAACCCAGCAGCAGCAGCCUCAACAACACCAGCAGCAGCAGCAGCAGCAACAACAGUUCAGUAACAGCUUGUUUGGGAACUCACUACAGCCGGCGCCGGGGCUGAAUCAAGUUCAGGCCCAGAGCCUCCAGCAAACUCGCGAUGGAUUGCCUCAGCUGCGGCAGUCAACAGCCCAGCCUUAUGCUGGCGCCUCAAUCAACGGCCAUCGCGAGAAGUCUGUCCAGCAGCAAAUCGCGGUGCUAAACGGAAAAUGGGACCCCGAGAACCCUGAUUGCGUUUUUACUCAUUAUUUCUACAACUCGGUCAAGCCCGAAGAAGCGCCUUUCUACGGUCCUCAGCCAGGAGAGGAUGAGAGGAAGUGGGAGGAAGCUUUGUCGAAGAAGCCUGCGCCUGGCGCCAUCCCUGUUCUGGCCCGUGGUUUUGAGCAGGUAGCAGAGCGCAUACGCCAGCAGCAAAUGGCCGUGAACGCACUUCGAACGCGCCUUCACGAGAUCAACAACAGCCUUUCUGUACUCAAGGAUACCCACGAGCUGAACGUUGCAUCACGUAUCACCGAGGCCAAACGAAAGCACAUCGUUUUCACACAGCGAACACUGGCGCUUGCGACAAAGGUGCAAAUCCUGAGGAACCGCGGCUAUGUCAUGGACACACAGGAAGAGGACUUGAAGAAGAAGCUUAUCGAGCUCGAGAAGAAGACGUUUGACCCCGUUCUCGGAGGACGGCAAGAAGAGAUCUGGGCGCGCAUGUCAGGCGUGCGUGAGAGGGCGCGGAUACUACAGGAGGAGACAGAGAAGCUGGUCAAGAACAUCGAAAGCCAGCAGAAUGGCGAAAUGCUCUCCGAAGAGGACCAGAAGGCGCUCGAGAAGCUCCUGAAGGACUAUGACAGGCAGCUCGAGCACCUCAAGAAAUGGGUCGACGACACAAAGCAAGAGUAUGACGAAUAUGAGAAGGUGAAAGAGCAGAGACCAGCAAAGCGAUAA